AUGAGGACCGCUCUUUGCACUUUUUUACUGUUUGCAUUUGGUGUUGCUAAUGCUACUGAGGACCCAGUCACCGAUGGUAAGCACAGUCAUACCUAAGUAUAUAAUUUUACUUUGAAUUCAUCUUGGUAAAAUACAAACUGAACGUAAUAAAACGUGUACACUGAAAUAUAUAUAUUUCCGAGAUCGUUUUUAAGUAUGGAAAAAUUCCACGCGUUUAGAGAGAUGCAUGUAGGCGAAAAAUCCAUGGGAAAAUCGUAGCGUCGUUCUGUCGUUUAUUACUUUCAAGAUUUGCUACAAUCAGGAAAUAGGGCUCUUGUACAGAACAAAACAUUCAUUAGUCUAUAAUUUGAUUAUUUAUUAUCAUUAUCGCACAGUUCCUAAUAGGGAAACUGUAACAGAAGAGGAGAUUUUAAAGUCACAUGUCGCGUGCUUGUUGACGUACAAGUUCCCGUGUGUAACGACUUCGGCUUUUCCAGACCGCGGAUGACGGGAAACUCUGCCCUCCUCAUUUGAAGGGAAAUAUCAAUAGCCCUAUAAAAUUCAUUAACUGCGCCAUGUUUCCAGAAAAUAAGACUGGACAAUAUUUUUCCACUUCCCACCACCAAGAAAUUCCACGCUGAAAUAGUAUUUAUGGCGUGACUGCAUGACCUUGCACGAAAAGUAAAAAUUGUUUAUCUUUUUUUUCACGAAAACACUUCUGUAAAGUUCUUAAUCCUUCUGUUACUUUAUUUGCCUAUUUUUUGACUGCAAAUAUCGUCUGUAUUUGCUAUUAUUUUCGCUGAUUAUCAUGGCCUUUCCUGCGUGCACGUGUGAGCCAGUUGAUAUACAGCACUCUUUCAAAUUUCUUUGCGUGGUGUCGGGCUUAAGUGUGUAGGUCUGGCUCAAAAGAUAUCUGCACGCUGCAACUCGGGUUCCUAUUUUUUUCUUCUUUUUCUUUAUUUGCAUUUGUAUUCUCUUUCUUGCAUUAUCGAUAUCAUAAAGGUAUGUUUUUUUUAAUUCCCUCAACGCAUUCCCACAGAUUUGGAAGUAGGUUUUGAAUAGUGAAUAUUGACCAGAACUGAAACCUUUUCUAUCACUAUUUGUUUCAAAGAAUCCCUGUUAUCUAUAACUUUAUUUCUCAAGAAAAUUUAUUUUUAUUUGUUAUUUAUUUCCAUUAAAAAUGAAACUAGGUCCCGAUAAGUUUUUUUUGUUUGAGACUCCCAAAACUGUUUGCGACAACAUCAAUCUGGAAAUCAAAAGCAAUUACGACUGAGAAAUUCGCUUUUAGCCUCCUAGCCGCUGAAGGCAAAUCCGUGCAAUGAAGCGCUCUAAGACCUCUAUAAACUAGAGACAUUGCGUGGACGAGAACGUAAUGUGUUGAGGGGUCAAAUAUUUACACUUAAUCUGUGACCCUCAAGCGGAUCACGUACUCGUACAUGUAACGUCCGAAAAAAUGUCACGCAGUGCAGCAACGUUGGUGCACCUGGCGAAUUCUUUCCACUAGAUUCGAUAGUAAAGAGACAACUUAUUUACUAUUUGUAUAUGAGCAAGCUUAUUUACCCUAUAGAUAGAUACAAGUUUUUACUUUCUCAGUUCGUGCAGUGAUGCUCAUUAAGGGUGCGUUCCUUUGCGAGAAUCCGGGUCAGGAUUUCUGAUCUGUGGCGUUCCUUUCGAGCAAAUCCAUUUCCAGAUCAGUGAUCUAUCAAAUCCACUCUGGACAUGGAUACAUCGGAUUACUGAUCUGCGUGAUCUAAAGACGGAUCAUUGAUCCAACGCGUUCCUUUGGUCGAAGGAUCCGUUUAUUAGUCAUUUGGCCCAGCGGUGCCCAAUUUCAAACAAGUAGGCAAUUGAUCCACAAAUUCUGCGAUAAACACGAAAUAAAAUCGAUUUGUAAAGUUAAGUCGAUCGGCAACUGAUCGCAGGCAUUCAGAGUUCCCAAGUAUCCAUAUCGUAAUCGAUACUUGCUUCUGUUUUAAUUCCAUCGUUUGAGUUUACCAUGAAAAAUGUGCUUCUAAUAAAUAGUGCUAAUUAGAAAAAUUGUGUCCGCUAAAUGCCCAUGCAGUUAGACGAGCCAUUCAGGGAAGAGCUCAAUAACCCACGUGCAUACACAAGUCUUAAAAUAGCGCACUUUUUGGAAUUCUCUGAGAGCUCGCCUAAAACUCCGUUCCUUUUGUGCACCGUGAUCUGUGUGAUCUUGGAUCACAAAUCCUAAUCUGGAUCCUCCCAAAGGAGCGCACCCUAAUUUGUUCCGUCAAAAACGCUUUUAAUGAGAAGUCACGUCCACCCCGACAGAAAAAUUAAGCUCACCCUGUCAUAGUCAAUGGUUUGAUACCGUUAGUACCAAUUAAGGUACAUCAUUGCGCUUUGAUCGAAAUGUGCGUUUCCUCACGCUCGCCACAUUUAUUCUUUGAAAAAUUAUUUUACUGGAGGGCGAUGACGCUCAGUUUGGCGCGUCUUGACUCUGGCCGACAAAAAUCAUCGAGGUGAGCCCCAUUAAUUAUUGUUAAAUGUUAGUUGUUCUCCAAUUCUCUUUUUUUGCGUUGCCACAAGCCAAAAAUGAUUUUUGGCCAGACCACCCCUCUGGACAGUGAUCGAAAGUGUAAAUUUCAAAGAUUUUGUCCAGUGCGCAGCGACUGCAACAAUGUAGCUCACGGAAUUCUAUCUUGCUGCAAGUUAUAAGGUGUAUUCAGUUAGUUCACAGACAAAAUAUGGAAACUUCAGCUGAAAUAUUUUUCAUACAUGCGUGAUCAGAGGAGACCCUUCUCUUCGACCUCAAUUUGCAUAUCAAAAAUUCACUAUUUUGUACGGUAGAAUUCUCAAAAUGCAGGAGUUAAUCGGAAUGAAAAAGUAUAUCAGUGCAUAGUUUACACACCAAUGAGGUCACAGAUUGCCUCAAAUCCGCGGGUAUAUCUCUAGCUUCCAUCCACCAACUUCUUAAAAACAACGCAAAUCCAUGUGUUUGCUCAAUUGCGCUUGUGUCAAAGAUCAUUUGUAUUAUUCUUAGAAUUGACCAAGAUCUCCUUUUGACCGUUCAAACUUCGUGCGUUUAUCUUCUACGUUGAGGAUUUUAGGUUUUCACAGCAAUUGAACGGAGAUUAGAGGCCGAGUUGUCCUAAAACGUUGCGUAAACGUGAUCGGUCGUAACGCUUGCGCGCUUGCGUGACUUACAAAGUAGACAAAGGUGAUCGGAAGGCGCCUUUUCGAUAAUUUACGUUGAAAUAUCAAGUGAUGAACUACGUACAGUGUAGAGAAGAUCAAAAUUAAAGAAUAAAAUUUGGCACUCUGAUCAAAAUAGACAUAUUGCGUUGCUUAAAAGGACACAAAAACAAGUUAAAAUAGGUUACAGUGUUUAUAUUUACAAAACAACACGCAUACACUCUGAAAUAAUUAUUGGAGUUUCUCCCGAGAUUUAGUAUACGGAACCCGAUGAACUAACCCUCCUUUCCGCAGAUUUUUUUCCGUCACUAAUGAUGUUACGCUCUUAUGGACCACAACGGUUUUGAGCGACAAACUCGACAUUACCCUGCGACCAUCAAAAUCAACUGGACAAACCCAGCUUGAUAUAUUGCGUGACGGGGAAAUUUUUCCCCUUGCCAUAUGGCUUGUUUCGCGGGUUCUACAAAUGGAAACCAAAAUUAGUUAGUGUAACGAAUUAGAAUCGAAAGUAAUUAACAUGGACUGAAUUACAUUUUAAUGAGAAUUUUAACUUUUAAAAAGGUCUACCUGAUUCAUGGAAAGCAAAGAUUGGAGUGGCUUUGGGUAUUUAAGCCCUGAUUUCUCUCCUGUAAUGCCGGUGUCACAACUUUCCUUUUAAGCAUCCUUUGUAUCAUACUUGGUAACUAAUUCUAUUUGCAAGCUUUUUUGUCGAUGUUCUAUCGGCAGAAAUAUUGGACAAGAUGGCGGCCGCGCUUGCGCAUUUCAUCUAUAAUGGCGUCCAAAUAAUAUAAGAAACUGUAUGGAAAUUUGUAAAAUUUCUAAAAUAUAAACAAUCAGGAGCUCAUGGUCUGGUCUGCUCUCGAUCGAGACAUAUUCAGUACUGAUUCUGCUAUUCAAAAAACCUCACAGGGACUCGAUAAAUAAAAACCACUUACUUCCCGAGCCAGUUCUUUUGUUAUUGAUCAUUGACCUAGGUCGCCACACAGUUCUUCAAAAUCCGUCGUUCUCCAUCCCAAACACUCGCUUAUUACAGGAAAGUGCAUCAAUAAAGUCAACUGCUCUCGAUCGAAUUGACUGCUACAGAGUUCGAAGCGUCCAAAUAUCCUAUAAUUGCCUUUUCCUCCCAUCAAAAAACUUCCCAACGCGCCAGAAUAUCCCUUAUUUUCCAUGUUGAGUAAGUGACGAGACGCCAUGUUGAAAACUAUGACUGAAAUAGUUCAACACGAGCAACGCUGAUCUUCGAAUCGUCGGCCAUAUUUGUUUAUGUUCUUACAGGGAAAUAAACUAGUUCUCAGGUCCUUUUCGGAAUAAAAAUAUGCCAGGCGCGCGAAAAUUACAUUAAAGUAAAUCAAAAUUCUGAUGUCAUGUCAUCGCUUUGCCUCGAAAAAUCCCAAAGAUUUACUUGCAGGUCUUCUUUUCUUUUUCUUUUCAUCAAAAUAGAAGAUCUGCGGUGCUCAAAUUGUAUAACUCAUGGUACGAAACACUCUUCCUUGCAGAUCGAGCCGUGAUCGCCACCAUAUUGAAUUCUCUUGAUAUUCUAUUGUUCCGGAGUGUUAUAUGAUAUACCGGUGAUAAUUGUUAGCGGGCUCGAAAUGUCCUUGAUUUCUAGCGAUGGUUUCAAUCACGACACCACACUCCUCAAUAAAGGUUAAAAAAAAAACCCAGCCAUUUCGUUCCAAUUCUUCCGCAUUUACUAUAGCGAGUCGUACAGUAUACGUAAGAAUUAGAUUUGAACAAACUACUCCAUUCGAACUAUUGAAAUUGUUACAAUAAAUCUUUGCUUCUUCUGAUGCGAAUCAACAUUGGCACGAAACGUCAUAACAAUAGUGGAGACUAUUGCGUCCAGUCACAAAAAUAACUCUGAUUAAACAAUUUUUUAACAAGAACGAAGAAACUACUCCUAUUACAAGUCCUUCGUUAAGCCUAUGAUAAGUAAAAAUGUUUUUAUUCUGAACUAUUGGAACUCUCAGCUUAUUUUCAGAUGCAAAUCAACAUUAACGUCAACGUCUUAACAAAAGUGGAGACUAUUAUAUCGAACUCAAUCUUGUUUUCUAAUUUUAACGAUUAUUAACAGUUGAGGGAUCCGAAAUAACACCUCAAUAAUUACGAAGACGUCUACAGUCUGGCAAUCUGCACACAAUGCAGAGCCACUCGCCCUCCGGGGCAGUCUUAAAUCCCUCGCAGCUCAUGUGUAACCAUUCCUCUCACAACUUGCACUGUACCACGUCGUUCCAACACUCGGGCAUUGAACAAUGACAAAAUAAAUUAGUUUCACAAGUUUGUCUCUUAUUAAAUCUGGCGGUGUUCGACCAUCGCGGAAAAGGUUCAAAACCAAAUUCUUGCCCAUUUUCCCUUGGUCAAAAGAAAUAUCCAACGGGAUGCCAGUUCGUAUACAUUAGCGAUACGCAUGUUUUGAAUUAAAAACAUAUUUUAGUACGCGCUGGAACGUAAAGUAUCAUCCAUUUUUACUAGAACGUUAAGGAUGAUGUUUUCACUCAGUUUUGUUGGGGGGUCCAAAUCCGCGGGGGCGGGGGGGGGCCCAUAUCCGCUAGCGGAUUUGGACCGGGGGGUCCAAAUCUAGGGGAGUCCUAAUCCGCUGGGACACCGGGACGACGUAUCGAAUCAUUUGAAGUACUACCAGCUAUCCAGCGAAAUCCUCGAUUACCAGUUAAUUUUGUUUCGUUCCGGUCAUUUUGACCAUAAUAAGGAAAAAAAAAUAACGGUUGUUAUAAUGUUCUAAACAUCCGAACACUUUAAGAAACAUUGGAAAUGCGGUGAAAGUAUUUGUUAACAGCCGCAGCACAAGGGAAAAUGUGAGGCAGUAAAAGAAAGCCAGACUGACUGGAGAUGUUUCUGAAGUUUUCGUAGUUAAAAUUGUAGUCGGAUCACAUGGGUAAUAUAUUUUCAAUUUCUCGAGAGUGAAGGCUAUUAUUUAACUAAAAAUUGGUUCGUGAGUGCCUAUCUGUGCUAUCUGCAAUAGCAGACAAAACCAGAAUUCUCUUGACAAAAUCAAAGGACAAAUUGUGUCAUAACGAAUUUUUAUCUCGAUUUUUGCAUCCGCUUAAAACUUCAAAACUGUCCUUGAUCUUUGACACGAGCGCAAUUGAGCAAACACAUGGAUUUGCGUUGUUUUUAAGAAAGGGUGGAUGGAAGCUAGAGAUUAACCCGCGGAUUUGAGGCAAUCUGUGACCUCAUUGGUGUGUAAACUAUGCACUGAUAUACUUUUUCAGCCCGAUUAACGCCUGCAUUUUGAGAAUUCUAUCGUACAAAAUAGUGAAUUUUUGAUAUGCAAAUUGAGGCCGAAGAGAAGGGUCUCCUCUGAUCACGCUGGUAUGAAAAAUAUUUCAGCUGAAGUUUCCGUAUUUUCUCUGUGAACUAACUGAAUACACCUUAUAACUUGUAACAAGAUAGAAUUCCGUGAGCUACAUUGUUGCAGUCGCUGCGCGCUGGACAAAAUCUUUGAAAUUUACACUUUCGAUCACUGUCCAGAGGGGUGGUCUGGCCAAAAAUCAUUUUUGGCUUGUGGCGACGCAAAGAGAAUUGGAGUACAACUUAACUAUUUUUGAAACAUGUGUCCUAUACCCUUUUCAUGGGCAAACAAUAAAAGAAAACUUUUUUCCGACGGGAAGUCGAGAGGACCGCUCUUAGCGGGAGCGGCACUUAAAAACUCUGUCUAUCCUUGGUUUGCACGCAGAAAAAAAAAAAGACAAAUUCUUAACGGUAUUUUAAAAUGUUUUAUUCAUUAGUCAAUUUACAGCCCGAGGAAAAAGCAAAAUUGAAACAACCGACGUAUCGGUCAAAUGAAUUCCAAUUUUUUCAACAAGGAGUUUGUAAGUUCAUUUUACCAGUAAAUUUAACAGGGGGUCAAUGUUUUGUGACAGCCGAAGAUAGACUUCUCUGAAAUGCCUCUGAAACUCUUAAAGAGUUUACACUUACGGUAAUAUUUUCCUCCUUCUCACAACAGCGCAACAGAUAUUGUUAAUCCCAUGUAGUGCACGUGUAUCAGUUGUAUUACGUCUUCAUAGUGAUGCCAUAUAAGUAAUCGAGUAUCUAAAAAGCCCUGAAUUCAACCUUAAACUCUAAAUUGAUAGAGUCAAGAUGGCGCAGUUGUCUUGUUCAUUUGCAACUAACUGUAGAACCAAAUGUUAUUUUUCUCGCGCUGGCACCAGGCAGUCGUGCUACAUGCCAUCUCACCGAUUUCAAUGAAACUUUUCCAGUUUAAAGGGUCUACUCAAAACUCAAAAAGACAAACUGGUUUCUGUUUUUUUUUUUUUUUUCUGGGGGGAGAUAGACUACCCCUUAGGUUUUUCUUGAUUUUCACCAAGGAAAUCGCUUCAAAAUAGGUGUGUGUACGAAGCUCUCAUUGCAAUGCUAUGUAACCAAUUAUUCUGAGAGUUUGCACACAUAUGUUUACAUCUUUAGUUAAUGUCCAACGCAUGUAUCAGUCAAUUUGAUAGACGGCUUGUCAAUCAACAGAGGCAUCCCAUUCAGUUUCAAGGCGAUUCGUUUCGAAAGGCGUUAGAAAUCGUCGCGUAAUAAUUUAAUCCGAAAGGCUUUUGUUCCUUGUCUGUGAAUGACAGAUAACUGUUAAUAUGACAAUGAUUAUCAUAACAAUAUUUGGAUCAGUUUUCCUCAAAAUAAGAAACGUUGGCAGAAUAUCUACUCUGACAAACUCGCGACAACUGAUAAUACAUUCAUUCAAAAAAUGAAAAUUUGAUUUCUUUUCAGUAUUAAUUUUUUUCCUCAACCACCUUGAGUGUAUCGGCAGCAAAAUAGUUGUCUUAAGUACAGGUUGAAUGAUGUCUGAAUUUUCUGCCCGAGACUUCUCUUAACAUUUCUCGUUACGCUGGAGACUGUAUGGGUCAUUUAAGUACGAGAUUUCAUGAAAGUUGAACAGGUAAUAUUGUUUUUGAAAGAUCAAUACCUCCACUGAAAUGAGACGAAGACUGAUAUCCGCCAUAUGCGUAUUACUGAAGCGGUUCGCUGAAAGUUUGUCGGUGAUAUUUGAGCAUGCGACAAGAAAGAUUUGUCUGAUAGAAUGAAAAAACCUAUCUUAUUUCCAAUCAUCUUUGUUCUAAUUCGCAACACGCACGCGAUCAAGAGCUGCUUAGGUUAGGACAGCGUGUAUGGUUGAAGCUUGAUGUUUCAUGUUUCAAUUCUUAAUCGCUUCUAUUUGAUCCCCUUUCCUUUUAACUGACCAGGAUAUUUUAUUUUAGGGUAAUUUGGAAAGUUGUCCACAAUUUGUUGACAUUUUGUACAUAUGCAAGGAAAUAAAUGAAACGAUUCAGAUACAUAGGCGUAUCUCAUUUAUACACUCCAACUUUUCCUUUUCCUGCUCAUAGCUUAUCAUUUGUUUUCGCAUUUCUUUCGGACGCGAAGUAACAAAUGAAUUAUCACAAAUACGAUGGAUGCUAAGAUGGGAAAAAUGAAUGCGUUAGGGCGGAAAUUCCAACCAAAGGUUAUAGAAGCUAGAAGAAAUAUAGGUGGCUUCCUCUGGCUUAACACUUUGUUUAGAAUAGGCUUGAAAAGGUAAGGCAUUCUUUUCAUUUUCCUUUUCAUGCAGAAGACAGCAGUAAUUGCAUACGUUUGUACAAGGGUUCUAGUUACACAUUCCACCGGAACAAUUCGGAGAAUUGGUACUCCUGGUCCAAUAGCAGAGAUCUGUGCAAGAAUGCUGGAUAUGACCUUGUUUCCAUUGAAAGUUAUGGGGAAUGGAACUAUUUAAAUCAAACUAUCCAGACAUUUAAAACAGGGGAAUACUUCAUUGGGCUGAAGAAAGAUAUAUCGUCGGAAGAGUGGAGAUGGUUAAGUGAUAAUAGCACAGUAAAUGCGUCAAGGAAGGGAGUAUGGCCUUGGGCGCGAAGUCAACCUAACAACCCAAACUCGGAUCAUUGCGCACAAAUGUACAAGACGCACGGAGGCUCUGGUCGGUAUAAUGAUGUGCGAUGUGACUUAAAAUUGAAACAAGCAGGAUACAUAUGUGAGAGGUGCACUGAAUGUACCGUUAGAGAAGGUUGGUUGAACAAUCCACAAAGCUGACAGUAUGACGAUUGUAAAUACACAGUGCUGUGAUACGAUUAAGCUAUUCUAAAUACGUUCUAACUUUGAUAAUCAUAAUUUGAGCAUGCUAUACCUCAUUGGAGUUGGGAAUAUUCCGCUCGCCUGAUUGCAUCCCCACUGCAGCCCAAGCAGAAUCAUUAAAUGCGCCGUCAUAGCGGCUCGAUUUAUCGCAGUAGGAACAGAAAAAUGAGAGCCACAAAUGCAUGAUUUCACCUUUUGAAUUUGAUGGCCACAAGUUUAUCAACACAUUUACCAAAUUCGCUCGUUCUUCCAAGAGCCUCAUUUGGACCUCACUAUACUAUUUCAUUAGACCAAUGCUCGACGACUUCAUGCGUAGAGUCACGUGACCCAAACAAAAGGAGAAUAAAUGGUCAGCGACUCAACCUUAAGAAACUCAAACAAAUGCUUUAGGAUGAUCAUGAAAAAAAAAAAAAUUUAAAAAAAAUAAUUGUAAUAAUAAUAAUAAUAAUAGUAAGAAGAAGAAGAAGAAGAAGAAGAAGAAGAAGAAGAAGGAGAAGGAGAAGAAAAAUAAAAAUACAUAGUGGGACCAGCCGCCAUUCUCCUAUUAGAUUAAAAUCCCGAAACCACAAGGACUACUAUCCAAUCAAACCUCAAGAUAAAGCUCAAGGGACUUGUUAUCAAAGCAAUCUUUUUGCUUAGUUCUUUCAAAUUUGUUGAUGAAAAGAGAAUUUAAAGUAGAUAUAUCGUCCUGACUGAGGGGUAAUGCGGGAUUUUUUUUUUCGUCAUUAACUGCCAAACCACAUCGUAAUUUGUUUUGAGAAUCUCCCGGCGGUGUUGCGUAACAAAGAAGGCAGAGUUACCUUUUGUUUCUCUAAAGCACAGGUUACAUAAGCGUCAGGUAAUCUAAAGACACCAAAACCAAAAAAAAUACAACGGAUGACUUUCUUCGUGUAAGAACACUCUUCCAGCCUUUUCGUGCCUUGUUCCCCUUGGCUAAGUACUUAUCAGCAUCAGUUAACAAUCUUUGGAAUGAUGAAACGGAUUCGUUAUUUGAAACUUGAAAAUGGUUUCGUUUCUUUCUACAGCAGAGAUACUAGGGGCGAAUAAUCAAUCAAACACGACGCGCGUAUAGCCGCUUUGACGUAAUCGAUUAUACUGGAAGUCUAGUGGUGAAAAUAUGCAGCGACACUAGAGAAUAAAAGAAUUCACUUUUUAGGACUAUGUAUCUUUCACGUCUGGCGUAGAAGUGGGCUAAAUACUACUGAAUAAUGUAAUCAUAAAAUGGUUUAAUUUAUCACCUGAAAAUCUAAACCAGCAAUUAACAGAGCCUAAGAUCAUUUUCGUGUAUACCACCUUGAAAAAAAAAGACAAAAUUGGGAUAGUCAAUUCGUAAAGUGUUAGGUAAAAAAGAUAAGAUGAGACAAUUAGGUUUCGAUUUAUUGGUAUUUUUUGAGCAUAGAAAUGAAAUAAACUGAGGUAUUUAAUACGUUCGUGGGUAGCUCUGAAUGUAAUGAUUUCUACAUUUAAUUUUCCCUAUUGCUCUGUGUCAGGGUCGACUCGAAGGCCACAAACGCUGGAGACUACUCCUUUUAAAGAAUCAACAACAAAGGUGGGAAAAGUCUACACCCAACCAACAAAUGCAAGACCUUCAACAUUGCAAAACCGACCCACAUUCAAUCUCUCAACAAAAGGUACAAUGUCACUAUAUCAAUGUCGUCUACGUCUAUAUUACAAACGUGUGUAGGCUUCUACUUUUAUGCAUUUCUUAGUCCAUGGAAAUUUUAAUUAGAUUUCCAAAGUCUUAAGCUAGGAAAGAUGAAAUGAAACAAUUAGGGUUCGAUUUUUUUGAUGUUUUGUGAGCAUAUAAAUUGAGGUAUUUGAUAGGUUCGUGGGUAGUUUUGAAUGUGACUAUUUCUAUUUCUAUAUUUUCUCUAUUGCUUUGCGUCAGAGUCAACUCGAUGGCCACAAACACCGGAAACUACUCGUUUUAGAGAAUCAAGAACAAAGGUGGAAAAACUCUACACCCAACCGACAAAUGCAACAAUUUUUACACUGCAAAACCGACCCAAAUUCAAUCUCCCAACACAAGGUGCAAUGUAACUAUAUCAACGUCGUCUGUCUGUAUUAUAAACGUCUUUACACUUCUAGUUGUUUUUAGUCAUAAUUUUAUAUUUGAUUGCCAUAGAGUUUCAUUUCCUCAUUUCGAAUGUACCAAUUUACAGCAUGCACUUAUGGGGAGUAAAAUCUUACAUUGCUCACUUUAUAUAACACCAAAAUAAUGUUAUCACGAACGACACCUCCGUAUUUCCCAAACCUUUGUUAUAAACCAGCAAUAAAUUUUAGUAUGCCAGUAUGAAAUAUACCCCUAUGCUCAGUCUAAUAAAUUAUUCCACGAGUUGACCAGGGAAACGGAGGAGAUCGAUUUUAGAAAAUGACGAAAGUAACAAAGGUGAAGAUCUUCAUAAAAAUGUUUCGGGCAGAGAAGAGUAGAAAUGUAACUUGUGAGUUUAUAGAAAAUUUGAACCUUUAAUAUUCUAAUGAUCGAUCACAGUUUGUGAAAAGCAACAUUCUAUUUCGCUAGGUUAUUAACUUUACUUUAUCUAUCCUUUUUUAGUUUUCAGUUCAAUCAGCUUUCGUUUUUCAGAAAACCAAUAGGAUCAAUAUUUUUUUUCUUGUUCAGGGACUACGUUUGAGAAUACCUUUAGUGAAUCGUCAUCGCAAAACGUUUCAACUGGCGAGUUAAACUUGGUGUUGAUCGUCAUAGUGCUUCUGGUCAUUUUUAUCAUGGCCAUUGCAGUCGUGUUCGGAAUAUUGUUUUAUCGGCGACGCCAAAGUCAUAAGAACCAAGGCAAGUUUCUUGCAUCAUUUACGAAAUCUUUUUUUUUUUUAAUUAUUUUUUAUUUAUUAUUAUUUUUUUUAAUAUAAUGAUAUGAUGUUCGAAAUAUUGAAGCACGAAGUGGAAGUCAUUCCCUUGUCUGGUAUAGUACACUUCUGAGGUGAUGUGAAGCCUUAAGGUUCUUUACAAGGCUAGUUCUUCCAUCCAAUGGCUUCCUUUUUUUUUAUAAAGGAAUGCAUCCUUAUUACACUCGUUUAUUAUUUAUACCCUUAUACCUCCUCCCCCUUCAGAUUUCAGUUUUCAAAAAUUGGAAAAAUAGAAUGUGCCGUUGUCUCGCAUUUUCUCAGGUUUGUGGGACCAAAAAAAUUUGGCUUAAUAGCCCCUCCUCUCUGAGACUUCACUAUUACAUUAGAUGGUCUUUUUCCAGUUUUCUUCAAAUGUUACUUUUACUGAAACUUGAUCCUUUGUGUUUAAGGCGAAUUCUUCCACAAGCAUUUUAUGGUGCUUUUGGCUGUUUUGAAGACCGAAAAUGUAGAGGAGUUUCCCAAAUUUUUUCAAGUUUUUGAUUCCCUGUGUGCACGCAGGGAAUAACCGAGCUCUUUGAAUACCUCUGGUUUUCUAGUCGAUUUUAGUGAAUAUGGUAAACAUUUGAAUAAAUAAUCAACAUAUUUGGCAAACUCUUCCUGAGAGAGUAAUAAAAGUAUCAAGGGGGGAACAAAACACCUUACUCCCAACUGGAAAUGUUAUAAUUAUUUUGGAGGGGAGGGGUCUGUUUAUUGCACAUCGGAGGGUUGUUUAUAUUUUAUCUUCGCGUUCUAUUAACAUGUAGUUUCUUCCCUUUUUUUUCGAUUGGCAACGACGAUGCUGAUGUGUUUUAUCACGAAAACAACGAUACGGCAAGUAGUAUACAGUAGUAUACGCUAAUCUUUAGAACUCCGUUAACUGAUUUUUUUUUUUUUUAAUGAACUCAAAUUUUUUUUCCAGAUUUUCAACAUAGAAAGCCAUAGAGUUUUUAAAUAAUUUUUUCCGGGGAAACUUAGUGUCUACGAAAAUAAUUUUAAAUGACGAGAGAGCAUUUCCAAAUUAGCUUUGAGUUUAAGGUGCUUUGGAUUGUAAAAAUCAAUAUUAAAAUGACACAGAGCAAAAACUGUUCAAAUGCACCCACCAGGCUUUUUUUUGGUACAUAUCAAAUUAUAAUAAGAAUUUUUCUUAUUGUCUCGACAAUAAAUUUUUUUACCAUCUAGACCUCAUAUCUGACGAACCGUCAUAACCUUUCCUCAAUGGAAAAUUUGAGUUCUAUUUUUAUUUGGUGCAUCAUAUUUGCUUUUAAGUAUACAUGUGACUUACAUCCCAAAUAGUGUUACUUUUCUAUUAAAAUCGAGGGCAGAAUACCACGCUACCCUAAAACGAAAGUGCAAAAUGUGAGCUUUAUGAAUAUAUCCUAAUAUAUUCCAGUCCCGCUAAGUGAGAGAGAAUAUCAUUUUGCCUUACAGAUCACCUUCAGAUCACGCUCACGAUCGGGUCACUUGCACCUAUGAGGUGCCCCUGAGUUCCGAACUGCAAUCGAUCGAUCCUGUGCUUAUUCAACAAAUGCAGAGCUCUGCCGAGCUUACUGUACACUUAACCCUUUCACAAACGGAAUCUGUGCCGGCCACCUACGAGACAGUAAGCGACUGCAAAAAGGAGUGUGAGCGGGAUAACAUUGAUGAGACUAAUCGAAAGUCAAGGUCAGUAAGAGAGGGAUAUUCAGAUACUCAAGAAAGAGUACGGGAAAACACAGUGUUGGUGAGUGGUGAGAAAGGAAUACAGCAGCCACAUACUCUGUGCGAUAAUAAAGAAGAAAACAAGGAUCAUGUUUACGCUGUUGUUCAUAAAGAACGAAAGGGCAGAGCCAAUUCUAAAGCAAGCACGCUCAGAACACCAUCAGACCGCCCUCAAGAAGGAACAAGAGGGUCACCUGUGAACCGGGGUUCCUUCGUCGAUUGCGUUGAUCGUUCGUCGCAUCCAACUGAUUCAGGGCUCGGAAACAACGCAAAGGCUGCAGAGAGCAAAACACCACAGGUUGGCGGGAACAUUGAAUAUUUGUACGCAGCUGUUGACAAGACAAAAAGGAAGAAGAAACCGCCACAGGUAAUACAUUUCACAAAUCCGACCAACAAUUUUUUUUUGUUUUGUUUUUUUAAUGAAGACCUGUUUAGCCUUCAAUGCUUUUGAAUCUAAGGAAAAAAUAUUGACCCAUUCAUCUCUUCGAUUCAAAAUAUAAACCGAUGACAAUGAAACGUGCAGCUGAAAUAGGCAGAUGGACUUGAUUUUAAGUAUCUAAAGGUUCUUCUAAAAACUGCACAGGUAUAUCAAAACUAACAGACAAACGAACAAAAAUAAACCAAAAACAAAUCAAAGCAAAAAGGCAACACUAAUCUUGUCAGCUUAUCAUGUUCGUGUCAUUUUUUCCUCAUUAGCUACUAUGUUGUUAUUCGGUGUCACUUGUUUUACGAAUUGCCCAUACGAUAUCAUUCACUUUUAUGAUCUAGAAGCCCUCUCCAUACCGUGGUCUUGUGUACGCAGAUAUGGUCCAUUCCCGAGAAAGUAGCGCAAAGCUCAUCAAAGAACAGUCCCAAACCGUGUACGCCCAAAUCAAUCAUGCCAAGACAGCAUGCGUGAUGAUAUCUCAGCAGAAUCUGGAGGAAAAAGAGAAAGGCGAACAUCAGUGAACUCUGUUCAUUUCCAAUCCUAAAAAUAAUUUAAUGAAGAACAUAAAAAUCAACUCAAACCUUAAAGAAAAAUGAUAAAUUGUCUUGGAAACAAUAAUCAUUAAUCAUUUGUCUUGUCAUUAUAAACAACUGACUAUUUUGGUAAAAAUGAUGGUGUCCAUCAUCCUCUAUUAUCUUUUAGAGAACUAUUAAAACAUAUGUAUACGUUUAAGAGUCUUGCAUGUUCCCCAACCACCAUUACAAGUUACCCUUUAGGAUUAGUUUAACUACCAAUUUUUACAAGGGUAAAAUAUUGUAACUAAAUGUAAUCUUCUGUAACAAGAUACUUAGGAUGAUUUACUUUAAGGCACAUAACAAACGGAAAAAAAAAACACAGUGUUACUUACAAGAGAUAGGUUUUUUUUAGCGAUUAGUUGGAAAUCAGCGUACUGCGCUCGGGUGUACUGAAGGAAAAUCUUUAAAUUCUUUAAAUCAAACGAAUUUAAGACAUUAUAAUCAUCUGGUAAAGUAUAAAACUUUGAAAAUAUCCUUAACUUCUUUUUCCUUUUUAUAUUUAAAAUAUAUAUUCCUAAGGUCUGUUGACGUUAAUUAAACUUCAGCGUCAGCGUAUUACUUGUUUAAACGGUUGUAUUUUUAAAUGUCGCGGUAUGGAGUAUCGUAAAACAAAACACGAUCAAAAAAUGAACAAUUUGAUUUAAUCAAUGGGAAAUUUUAUAGCGUGAUUAGAGUGUUUGCGAUAGAUUAGUCCUAUUAAUGAACAUGACACAACUAUCGGUCAGUAAAUUCUGGACGGAAGGUUACUCCGACAAUGUUUUACUUUGUUUUAAAUGUAUGAAUUACUUUAUGUUUCAGUCACUAAGCUUUGAAAUUCAAGCGACCACUUAUCUUCCAAACUGACUAUUCACGAAAAGAACAUCAGUAACAACGGCUUAACUAUCACAGCAGUCAAACGUCGGGCGUGCGUAAGGGGAUCAAUUUUCGCCGGCCGUGCGCCAAUUUCCCGCUCAAAAUUUCGAGGGAAAACUUAAAAAAGACAACUGCUGCCUCGCAAAAUAGGCGAAUGAAUAUUGAAACUUUCAUAGAAAUCUUUUAACCGCCUAAAAAUGUAGUCGUUAAGUGCAGAAAUUUAAAAAAAGUAGGGAAAGGAAAACUCCACUUUUUGAUUAUAACCAGUUUUAUUUGAAAAAAAAAACAUGACUUCCCGGUAUGUGUAGCUGUUUGAAACCCGUGUGAAGCUACAUUGAUUUGACAACCUGAGAGCAGGCCACUUACUCACAACAUGCACAAACGUGUGACUGUCCACUCGGUUGCGCCUCGUAAGCCACCUUAUUGUUUCCUACCAAAUUUUGUCGUUACAUGUGAUCUAUUCCUAAACAGAGGCAUGAUAACGUGGAGUUCAUUUGUUAAUUAGAUAGUCACAACUACAAAUUUUCUGUUACAUCUAACACUGUAUGAUGAAGUUAAAGACAUCUAUUUUUGGGCCAACACAUGCCAUAAAGCCCUUGUGUAGCUGACUGCAUACCCCGCCUUAAGUUACCUUGCAGAGCGGCUCAGUUUAAACAGAGCACUCAAGGGGGAGGAGGGUGGCAGGAGUUUAGGAGGGUGGCGAGGGGAGUUAAGAGGGUGGCGAGGGGGAGGAGGGAGGAGGGAGGAGGGAGGAGGGGGAGGGAGGAGGGAGGAGGGUGUUUGUAAAUAAAAGGAACAAGAACUGAGGAAGAACUUAUUAAACGAUCUAUCCCUUAAAAUAGCAAUAACUGAUUAUGAGUGCCCUUAAAAAAAAAAAAAAACUCAGUCAUAAAACUCAGCGUUCCUUGAAAAAGCCCUUUAAAAGAAUUUCUGAGCUUCCCCACCCGUCCUUAACAUAACCGUGGAUUAAUCCCCUCAUUACCUUUAACUCACAGUCGUGGAUAUUACUUAUUUUAGCUCUUUUUGUAGAUCCCAGACUGUCAACAACAACUCAGAAGACAGUUGAAGAUCCUAGUGACAUAAAAACAAAGGAUAGUCGCUCUUUUGGCCGCACUGUUCAUCAUCGCGUUGAUCAUCAUUGGCGUGGUUUUAGUUUUGCCACGAAACAGAAAACCAAAUAGAGGUAUUCCUGUAAUCAUAUAUUUUGUUUUUCUGUUAUUAUUUUUUUAAGGUAGAAUUUUAAAACGUUUUUAACUUUUGAACCUUUUCCUGGGGAAGAGACAGUUUAACCUAAGAGAGGAGAUUAGGAACGUACGUGUGCGCGUGCGUCUUAACAAAGACAUACAAACAAAGAAUUUAGAACAAGCUGGAUUGAAAUAUGUGCCAACAAAGGAAAAUGACUUAAGACUUGCAACUUUAAACUCUGGCGCUGUUUUAGGCCUAUUUUCUCUGUUUCUCAUCUUUAUUUUAAUCAGGGUCUGAAGUGGUGGGCAGACUAACAGGAAUUGUCUUGCAAUUUAGGUAAUGUUUUAGAGAUCAGUGUUCUGGAGUAAGGUGAUGAAGUCUUAGUCUGCAGACUAAAAAUUACCUUCUUGUUGAAAGAGUGGCUACACACUCUGCCUUAACCUCUCCCUCCCUUAGUAAGACCCCCUCUCAAAAGAAUUGCCUCGGCAUCGAAAUUUGAAAAACAUGGUACAGUAUCUGUACAAGAUCAACGAAAAUCUCAAGGUGAAUCGAAAUAUUUUUUGUUUUGUUUUGUUAUGUUUUUUAUCAUUUCCGUCUCGGGUUUAUGUACGCAUAUGGUAGUACAAUUAAAAAUAAUAGUCUAGCUAUAUAUAACUAAUUACACAGAGAACAUUUGCACAACUUCCUCAUUUCAUACUUCCUUAAGCAUGCAACACUGCAGAUACCCAAGACAUACCGUGCAUUAGUUCUGUGAUCAGAGCUAGAGAACUAAAACGAAGUUUCCUCAGGAAGUUAAAAUUCAUCAAAGUUAGUCGGUAAAGGAAACGAGGAGAUUGAAAAAACACAACUGAAAAAUCAGUCAUGCUCUAAAUACUUUGUGAGAAAGUCAUUUUAUUCUACAAAGCUGGUUUCAUUUGUAGGUAGCAAAACAUGCCAACAAAAUAUGCUCUUUGAAAUCCAUUAACUAGUUUAUCGCCUUACGAUAUAACCUGACGAUCUCAAUCCCGUCGGCGAGGCAUCUUAAGAACACCAAAAAUAUUCAACGUAAUACUCCCCUGCUUUAACUGAAUAAAUCAGAACACUUUGUAUCUUCUUUAAUCUUUAACCUUAUGCUAAAAGAGAAGCGACCGUGUGAGAGUUUGUGUUGUUUUAUUAUUCUAAAUUUCUCUAUUUCAUAUGCUUGUUCUUGGUUGAAAUCGACUUGUUAUUAAUCUGUUUUUUUUACAGUUUCCUUGAAGCGUGAUCCCUCUCAAAACUUCCGCUCAUUCCAAGUCACACCUUGAGAGUGACCGGAAUUGCGUCCAUACCUUAAUUGGUCGUCCAAGCGUAACUUUCACUUUCGUGACAUUUUCAACUUUCUUAUCGAAACAUUGGUUUCGGACGAUGAAUUUAGCGAGGAUACAUGCAUUAAUCGUGCUUAUAAUUGAUUUGUUAUUGCCGAGAACUGGUAAAUGUAGAGGGAAUUGAAGAUAAUCCUUGCCUUCAUGAGUUAUGUUCAUGUUAUAUCGUCGUGAUGCUCAUAGAUCAAGUCUGAUAUUCAUUACGAUAUAAUGGUUAGUAGCUUCUAAACAAAAGCAAAAAAUAAAGAUAAAUGAUAAGAUAAAAAGGGCCACGUGGAAGAUCUGUAAAGGAGUCCUUUACCCCAAAUAGAAACAGACCACCGAAAUGGUAAUUAAGUAGGAUUAUAACGAUAAAACACGCCCCAUUUCCACACUUUAACAAGAUUAUAACAAUAUAACAUUUCAAGGUUUCGACCUCAAUGUUCCUUUUUUAGUCUCAAAGCGAGUGUCAAUAGGCAGCUUAUUCCAUCUAUCUACUAAAUUUACUGCCCCCAUUACCUUCUUUGAUGCGCUAAGUUUUGAAUUUUCCAUGAAGCAUCAACUUGAAAUGUAAAUGUAGUUGAUGGAUACACUAUAGAAUCAGCCAAAGUGCGCAAUGCAAAGGGUGCUGUGUCUGCGAAGCGUAGUUUUUCCGAAGAAAUUUGACAUAUCAAUUGAACGAUGUUUUAUCUCUGAAUUAUGAAACUGUAAGAGGCCGAAAACAGAUGACAUGUCGCGUAACACUGAAAGCGGAAAUUUUUAAGGAAAAGUCGACUUGCGUUUCAAUUUUGCGUGUUAGACAGUCGUGCAGUAAAUUAAAAAAAAAAAAAAAGCAUUAGGACAGUGUUCCUGUUUCAUUCUUUUAUUCUAUACCUACCGGUAAUUUGAAACUUUCAAGACUAUUUAUAGAGUAAUCAAAUUAGUCGAGUAAAGUUAAUUUGAGUCACCCGAUGCCGAGGCAUCUGUUCUUUAUGGCCAGGUAACACACUUAAAAUAGAAAAGCACCUAUAAAGCUAUCAAUCAUGGCAAUAUAAUUAUUUGCAUAUAUAGUUCCGCAUAGGACAAGGAUACCUUAAAAUACCGCAAAAUUACAAGAUUUGUCUAUGCCGACUUACAACUGCCUCUCAGUGUGUUCUCAAACAUCUAAAACGAAGUUAUCAGUGAAUUGCAUCAUGAUCUGGAUAUCAGGCACCUCGGUUCUAAUUCUAAGACGCGGCUGUCCUAAUAUUAAACGCACGUGCAUCUGUAAGGGCAAAGAGGGUAGUUUCUUUGGCAAAGUAAUAACACCAUGGCCAGUCAAUUCUCCUCGAUGAAUCGAUUAUCACGAACACAGCACUAAGCAAUUAUGGACUACCUGAAGAAUCAACUAUGUAAAAACAUAUCUUUGAGCUCAAAUGCUUUCUUGACUUGGCCCCGAAAAUUAAAUUCGAUGAAAACGAUAACAUAAAAAUAUUUCCUGAAAAUAAGUCGAAUAAAAUAAUUUCAAGGGUUACAGUAGCUUUACUGAACUUAAAUCAUUCUUAUGAUAACAUCGACAUCCUUUACCAAAUGUUUACUUGGGAACUAAUAAUAGGCUUGUUAUAAUGACCCUAUAUAGCCAUUUUUGAACCAUGGCGCAAAAGCUUCAGAACACAUGAGGGAUUUGUCGAAGUUUCCGAUUAGCAUACGAGCGGGAAAUUUAAACGCUGAAGGUAAGACAGCGAAAAGAACAUUUGAGGGCAGAAAACAGCAGCGAGAAAGUUGGAGGAGAAAAUUUCACUUUCUCGCUCGACGGACUAUCGAAUCACGACUUAGCCGCUGUCAGAGUAAUCUUUCAUAGUAUGAGAGUAGUUCAAAUCUCGCGUGCGCUACGCAAGUCAGACUUAAUUCUUUGUGUGCAUAAUAAGUAAUGGUAAUAGGACUGAGUGGAGUCCAAUUCGGUCUGUAAUCAUACUAGUGAUAACAAAACCGGUAGACCACGCAGCAGAAGUCCGGUUGGUAAAAUUUCCGGACAGCCCCAUACCACAUUAUGCAUUCAGUUCUUGGAUGGAGAAAACAAUGACAAAAAGAAUACAUUUCCACUGGGAAAACAGAUUUGUUUUACAAUAGUAUGGAGCUGUGCGGAAAUUUUUACCGUCCUAUUUGUUUAUCACGAGCAUGAUAACAAACUGUCCGAUAAAAAAAACAAAGUACGCAGAGAGAGGUUAAAAAUACACCGAAAUUUUUUUUUUCUGAUUAGUCAGAAAUUUUUCGCGUCGCUCCGGCCAAAGUUCUUCAGCGCUAACAAUAACAAAGGGACUAUUGGUUAACACUUAAUGCUUAAUUAUCCUGCUUCAUACCUGCAUUUGACUUCUGUUAAGCAUGGCAUAUCCGUUGUUUCCCUGAGCUGUUUGCAGCCACAUGUUGCCUCCUUCAAUUCCAAUGACGUUAUCAUUUGGCGUCUGACCAAGACUCAGUCUUUUCUGGCAAUCUCUGGUUUGAUCGUUCGACAUCAUGUACACCUGGGAGGAGACACAACACGACAGUUCAACAGGAAAGAAAAAAGUAUCCUAUUUCAUUACUCCUUUAGGUGGUUCGACUGCUUAAUAUCGCACAUGUGAAGGGCUGUCAUGUUUUAGCUUUAGCUCUGUUUGACCUGAAAGCACCUCAAGGCCUCUUGUCGCUGCCCUUAUUGUUCUUUCUACUGCAUACGUGAAUUGUUUUCUUAUUGUUAUUGCGACAGUUUGGAAAAAAACCAGCUAAACACUCAGCCUAACGUAUUUAAAGUUAUGAGGCAUUAUUUUAAACAUUUCCACGAGGAGUCUGUCUUCUCACCUUUACUUCCUGAGUACCUUGACCGUAGAAAUCCAAAAAGAAAAAUUUCUGUCAUCAUCGCAAUCUUCUGUAAUAUGGUUCAUAGCAGUGGUUAUCAAGAAGAUUAUUAAGCAGAUUGACUGCUCGUCGUCAGAGCAUGGUGGGAGGAGGUCGUGAAGGGUCCUGCAGAUGUUUGAACACAUUUUCUAAUAUAUAGAUUUAGCUUAGCCUGAAAGCGAAGCUCAAGCUAGUUUCUUUUCCAGCCCCUCACUCUAAUGAAACUCUUCAGCACAGGCUGUCGAAGUGGUUAUUCCAGGGGAUUUAGGGAGGGGUUCAAAAUAUGUAAGCGAUUUAUUUAUUUAAUUGUUUAUUAUUACUUAUUUUUCCUCGUUUCUUCCGACCGACUUCGCGGAGUCAUGUGAAUUACGUAUUUUAAGUUUUAAGUAAAUAUGUUUUAUAUUUGUGAUCGCAAAAUUUCUCGCUCGUUUCUUUUCUCCCUUCGCGGGGUCCCUCUCUUGAGCUCUGUGAAUCACCCAAACAUUUUCGCUAAAACUGGGUUUCCUUACAUUGAGGUACUUAUUCAUAAGUUAUUGUAUGACUGGGGCAAAUAAUAUCGUUCGUCAUACCAGGGACCUCGUUCUAAAAAUGCUCGUGAAGUUCUGGACGUUCUCUGAGCAAAUUUGACAAUAUUAGUAAUGAAAUUAUUAAAACACAUCCAACAAAGAUUUUUCGAAAAAAUAUUUCCAUUACCAAUAACCCACUGAAACACGCGUAAGGGAAAUAGAAUCAUGAGAGAAAGUGCCGAGGAUAGGAAACGCGCGGGCUAACAUCCUGGUAUUUCUGCCAAUUGAAGAAAGACGGGAGCUCCUACGAGCACGAGAUGGAAUUAAUAAUGUUGUCAUAAAUUUAAAAAAAAACAAACAAACAAAUCAAUCAAUCAAUCAAGAAAGAUAUUUCGCAAAUUUGUUGAACUCUUGACAAAGACCCUUGAACGUUUGCAUUUUACCUUGGACUCUCAACCAAAACCUACACUUAAAAAAAUAUACUCGCCUUUCCUAUUUAUUUAUUUAUUUAUUUUUAUUUGUUAUUUAUUUAUUUUCUGCCAACACUAACAACGACGACAAUGGUGAAAAUUAGUUGGUGACACGAUUUUGGGGAUUACUAUGGAAAUUAUAUUACACUAGUUAUAGUUCUCACUAGAGCUGCCCCCGCCCUACAGUACUAUUUUCUUUUUUUUUUUUUUUUUUGAGUUGGGCUUGUUGUUUACAGUUGUGUAAUUUUUCUGUUAUGCUGUUACGGAAUUGCGGCUCAGUACUUUGGUGUUAGGAAUUUUUUUCUCAAAAUACUACAAGUGUACAAAAUGUAGUUUUGGGAAGUGCUUGGGGUUUUUUUUUUUUUGCUGUGUGGUUUAACUUAGGAUUUGUUUGUUCUUCACGAUCAAGAAGAAGCAGAAUGUAGGGACUUGGGUGAGUUUUAACAUUGGAAUGUUAUAGGUGGCAUUGGAGAACAAUUUAUAGACAGCAUUGAAGAACAAUUUAUUAUUAUAUAGUUAUUAGACACAAAAUUAUACCUUAAGAGGGCCUACAUUCUCUCUUCUCCAGUCUUCCUCUAUACUAGGACAAAUCUCGUGUCAAAGACACCGAUCCUAAAAGUCCUCGCGCGCGUGUCUUUUUACUGGCAGCCCAUGACCAUUUGCGGGAAAAACGUUGAUACCUUGCGGCCGUGCAAGCGAUCAAAUCGAGAUUUUUUCUGGUUAUGAUCUACCGAAAAUACCCACAUUCUCUCUUCUCCAGUCUUCCUCUAUAUUACACGGGGAGUCCUAAGGUGCCUCCUCGGGUUUUUGGCCCUCUGGGGCCAAAAACCCUGCGGGGGCAAUUAAGUAAGUAUGCACCAGAUUACUAAUAUAUUUUAGUGCACUUUUAGAACUUCUGCAUAUCACCGAGUAUAUUGAGAGAAAAGGUUUUCUUUCAGCCUCCCAGUUAUAUUUGGCAAACUAUUGUCCCGGAAGCUAUUAAAGCAUUUGUAUCCAAAAUGAAAAAAUAAACAACGCAACAAACUGAUCAUAUGAGAGAGACAAUGAAAAGCACCUCGGUGUGUCGCUUUAGCCGGGUUUCACCUGUCUCCAGGACAGCGAAAAACGGUCCUUAAGUUACAGUUACCCACGGCAUUUUGCGUAUCAUGGUCCUCGUUACGAAAGCGAGGUUCUGAGAUUGAAGUAUGGUCGGAAUAAGAUAUAGCAGUACCUGGGUGCAUAGUGAAAAAAAGUAACUGAUUUCACAACGGCUGAGUAAUUAAAAGUAAAACUGAUGAUCCCGAAAAACAGCUGUUAGAGAAAUUAUCAGGGUAAAAACAAACCAAGUAAAAUUUUUUAAUAAGCAAUUUACUGCUUAAAAUUUCAGUAAACCUAAUUUCUUAAUUCAUAGAUGACGUUUAGACAGGCCUUCGAAAGGCCUUCAAGCUCUGAACAGACAUCACUCGACCCUGUGCAAGUUCAACAAGCACAGAGCUCCGCUGAGCUUACUGUUCACCUGACCUUUUCACGAACGGAAUCUGGGUUGACCACCUACGAAACAGUGAGCGACUGCAAAAAAGAGCGCGGCUAUGAUAACGUUGAGACUAAUCGAAAGUCGAGUUCAGUAAGUGAGGGGCGUUCAGGUAUUCAGGAAAGAGCACGAGAAAACACAGUGUUGGUGAGUGGUGAUAAAGGAAUACAGCAGCCAUCUACUCUGUGCGAUGAAGAAGAAGAAAACAAGGAUCAUUUUGUUCAUAAAGAAAGAAAAGGUAGAGCCAGUUUUGAAGUGAGUGCUCGCGAAAAAACUCCGGGCCGCCCUUAUGAAGAAACAAGUGAUUUACUUGUAAAACGGGCGUCUUGA